UAAUCAGUUAAAUUGUAAUAUCAAUAAAUGAAAUAAAAUUCUAGUGAAUCUUGAAGGCUUUGGGCUCUAAAAACACAUUUUCUGUAAACAAAUAUAGUUUUGGUUGAAAUCAUAUUAAAUCAACCAACAAUCCACACUUUUACAUUUUAAUACACUUUGGCAAUAUAACCUUUAUUGAUAAUAUAUCUAUUUUUUCAAGUAAAAUAAAUAUAGGGACUUAAAUAAUAGAUAUGUCACUCUGUAAAUUGAACCGAAUCUUUAUUUAUGUGUUUUAGGAAGCAAACAUUUUACACAAAUAUAAUUUUGUUUAUUUUUCCAUUUAAGUUGUGACAUUAUGAAAUAACAAAGGUCGUAUCGCUUGCAAAAAAAAAACAGAAAAUAAAUAACUAAAAUACAAAAAACUUUUUUGCUCUGUCACGUGAUCGAAAAUGUCACCUGACCGCACGCUUUUUCCCUUCUAUUGCUAUUUAAUAUUCUUUUAAAAUAUAUUACAGUAGUGACAUUAUAAUAAUUCGAAAUAACAAAAAAGAAAAAACUUUAAUUCUGCACAGAUCACGUGAUUUGAACGUGUCACGUGACAGCAGCAACUGUUGUCCUCCUGUUCUUCCUCUGCACUUUGCCUCGUUCCUCUCACAGUGGGUGACACUUCUGUUUCUUCAGCCUCGUUGCUAAACGCGAGACAGUCUUGAGACGGGAGGGCUUAUGAAAUGAACAGUGAAAACUUCCUCCUGUGUGAGAAAACAGUGUCACCCUCCUAUGUUCGGCAGGGGUCGCAGGCCCGCCGUGGCCACGAGCAACUCAUCAGACAAUUAUUGGAGCAGGGUAAAUGCCCAGAAGAAGGAUGGAGCGAGAGCACAGUAGAGCUUUUCCUGAACGAAUUGGCUGUGAUGGACAGCAACAACUUCCUGGGGAAUUGUGGAGUGGGCGAGAGAGAGGGAAGGGUGGCGUCGGGCCUCGUGGCACGUCGACACUACAGGUUGAUCCAUGGCAUCGGUCGUUCAGGAGACAUUGCUGCGAUCCAGCCUAAAGCCGCGGGCUCCAGCCUGCUCAACAAACUGACCAAUUCAAUUGUGCUGGACAUCUUAAAGCUUUCAGGUGUUCGGAGUGUGGCAAGUUGCUUUGUUGUUCCCAUGGCAACAGGGAUGAGCUUGUCUCUUUGCUUCCUCACCCUCCGUCACAAGAGACCCAAAGCUCGCUACAUCAUUUGGCCUCGCAUUGACCAGAAAUCCUGUUUCAAAUCCAUGAUCACAGCAGGCUUUGAACCCGUCGUCGUGGAGAAUGUCCUCCAGGGCGAUGAAUUGCGAACAGACUUGGAGGCGGUGGAGCGGAAAGUGGAAGAGCUGGGCGCCGAGAACGUUCUGUGUGUUCACUCCACAACGUCUUGUUUUGCUCCGCGAGUCCCCGACAGCCUGGAAGAGCUGUCUGCUAUGUGUGCCAAGCACAACAUUCCUCACAUCGUCAACAACGCGUACGGCGUUCAGUCCUCCAAAUGCAUGCAUCUAAUCCAGCAGGGGGCUCGUGUGGGAAGAAUCGAUGCCUUCGUUCAGAGUUUGGACAAGAACUUUAUGGUUCCAGUAGGUGGCGCCAUAAUUGCUGGUUUUGAUGCGGCUUUCAUAGAGGAGAUUAGCAAGAUGUAUCCAGGUCGAGCCUCCGCUUCACCUUCGCUGGACGUCCUCAUCACCCUGCUCACCAUGGGAGCAAACGGCUACAAGAAGUAUCUGUCAGAAAGGAAGGAGAUUUACUCCGUUCUGGCCGAGGAAUUGAAGAGCCUGGCGUCUGCACACGGGGAGAGAUUGCUUCACACGCCUCAUAACCCCAUUUCUCUGGCAAUGUCUCUAGAUGGCCUUCAAGCCAACAGCAACCAAGCCGUGACUCAGCUGGGCUCCAUGCUGUUUACCCGACAAGUUUCUGGAGCCAGGGUCAUACCACUCGGUAGAGAGCAGACCAUAAACGGAUACACAUUUCGUGGGUUUAUGUCGCACUCGGAGUCCUACCCCUGCCCCUACCUCAACGCCGCCUCGGCCAUCGGCAUCACUCGGGAAGAUGUGACGCUGUGCAUCAAAAGGCUGGAUAAAAGCCUGAAGGCUCUGAGGAAAGAGGGAAAUGCAGCGAGGAGCACUUCAGAGGAUCUCUGAAAGUCGCUUUGUGGUGACACCCAGAGAGGAAACUAUUAGCAGCUUGUUUGUUCGAGCAUAAGUAGACAAAUAUUUAUUAAUAAUCCUGUUUAAAUUUGCUGCCUUUGAUUGUACAACACCUGCAUGUAAAUCUCUAAGGAGCAAAAUGCUUCUGAGCUAUAAUUUAAUACAUUGUCAGACUGUUAUUUUUUUUUAGAUCAUUCUGAAAAGUAAAAGAAGAUUAAAAGAUUGAGCUUCAUGUUGCAAUAUCUCUGAAUGAAAACCAUCUCAUAAUUGAGCGGAGAGUCUUUGCAUGCAAUAUUGUCGGAGCAUUAGGCAGACAGAUGGUGCAUAAUGAAUUUAUGUUCUCUUUUUGGAAUAAAUUAGCCUCCCUCCCCGACUGAUAUACCAAACAAUCCAAUUGCUGAUCCAUUAACUCCAUCUGAACUCUGUAAUGGACUGUCUGUUAUGGUUUUUUGGGUUAUGUAACAAAUCAUCUUAAGUGGAUAAUCAGUGAAGUGGACCACCUGUAACCAGAGAAGGUUGGUUUUGAGUUUGAGUAAACACAGGAUUAGGUAUUCUCAAGUAAAAAUUCAGAUGAAUUUUGAACAUGUUUACCGCUGUGAUCCCUGCAUCUGUGCAGAUGUUGCAUUAGUAAUGCAGGUCACAGUUGCUUUGUAGCAGCAUAGCCUCCUCAGCCGCCAGCCUUCAGAAAGGGGGGUGCUCUCUGACAGUUACGCUGUUGUAUCAGCACAUUCCACUGUUUUCAGAGCUGUACUGAAGCACUGAGAAAAACGGUGAGGAAAAAAAAAAAACCUAUUGGCUCUGAUGCGGCUGCCACAAUGCAGCAAUGCAUUUCAAUGAGGAUCAGGCAAAAGGAAUGUAAGAUUGCAGGUUCAAAUGAUUGUUAAAUAGUAAAAAUCUGUAUUAUCAUGUGUAGAAAUGCAACAAAAUUACAUUUCAAUUAAGUUUUUCUAUUAUUGAGCUGAUUUUUUAUUUAAAAGUGAAGCCUUUUCUGUAAUGUAAGAACUUUCUUCAAAAACAAAAACAUAUUUAAGUAAAAAAAUAUUUUUAACACAUGAUAACCGUUCUUAAAGAUGUUUUUCUAUUCUUUUAAAGCAAGUUCUUCAUGUUUCCAAUAGUAUAUCUGCAAAAUUGUCAAUGCAAUCUAGAUGUUUGUGCAGAAUGUGGCCACAGAGGCGCUGUCCGUGGUGCUGCAGAUAUACUCCUAUACGGGAGAGGAAAUCCAUACUGUAAGGGCAAAAAAAAAA